AUGCACACCCCCUGCAACGGGAAGGGUGGUCAGGGCUUUCGGGUGUUGCGCAUCAGAUCUCCCAAUCCCGACAACGAGGAAAUCGCGGCGAUAUUACGGAGUACCUCGCAAGACUUUGAGCAGUGGAUGGGGCGAUCCGAUGAACUCAUACAUGGUCCUUUGGACAAUGAAUGCUCCAUUACGCAAAAACUGUGCCACCUGAGAAUGAUGAACGGCGACAUGGUGGUGGUUUUGGAGCGUCUGCACCUAAGCGCCAGCCCUUCUUUCCACUCCGGCCGCCAACCAAGGAUUAGAGCCAUACAGAGAUGGAGAAAACAGCCCCCAAAAAGAUCCUCGAUGGCCCCUCCAGGAUUGAAAGAAAUGACAGACGCCUAUUUCGGCUCCGGCAGCAUGGGUGAUGUACCCAAUCACAAGUAUCCUAGAUGUUUUAGUGGUCAAGCAGCCGGCUUGAAUGUCAAGAUAUCGAGUCUUGGUAUGGAAGCCCACCACCUAGUGCCGCAUUGGCUGAUACAAGAUAGGGAGUUGACGAUAUCAGUUGGUGACAAUGAGAUCAGGAAGAUGGAAGGACAGAGAGCAAGCGCACGUGGAGCCCAUCAAAGAGAUUGGGAAUCUGUUUCUCCCCUCGUUUCCCAGGCACGAGUUGAAAUGUGUUGCUGGGGAUGGGGGGCACAUAAACCACUGCACAUGACGGGUAUACUACUGCAAUCCAGAAAUUCGGCUAAUGAUGCUCCAGAUCCUGAGCAUGACAACCGACCCAUUCCAGGGAAGAACCCCGAAAACUGUUAA